GAAUUUAAACUGGGAAAUGUUUUCCUCCGCGAUUUUUACGAAAUUUAUAAAUUUACGAAUCAUUUCGUAUUUGAUUCCGUAUUAUUAUUUCUAGUACGUACAUCCAUUGCUUGCAAUUUAUUUCAUCAUCGUACUACAUUCACCAUGGAAAUAGCGUUAUUAUGGGAUUGCUGCAAUUUAUUGAAUUGUCAAUGUGUAUUAAUUUGAAAAAUAUUUCUUGAUACGUUAUUUCAAUCUAUCAAACACAGUAUUUAUAAUAAAUUUAAUUAUUGGUUUAAAGUUAUUAAAUAAAUAAAAAUGGAUUCAGAUAGUAGUGAUAUGGAAGUAGACGACGAAUAUCGCCAAACAAAAUUAUGUCCAGCAGUUUUAGGUUUGCAGCCUGUAAAUAAAAGAAAUAAUCCUAAAAUUAUAGAAUCGACAAAUUCGGGAAAAGAUAAAUUAAACAGAAGAGGUAUGCCUGUUCGUAUAAGGAAAAAAAAUAAAUUAUUUUUUGAUGAAGAAGUAUUCAACACAUCUAAAAAUCCAUCUGUGAAACAAGAACGCAUGAUGUAUGUGAAUUCUCCUAAAAAACAAACACCAAAAAAAAUUGUUGAACCUAAAUUAGAACCAAAAACACCAAAAACGCCUAAACAAGAAAAAAUUGUUAAUCAAAAAUUACCAACUCCAAAAGUUGCUGCUGUCAAAACAACACCUACAAUCAAACUUAAGACUCCCAAUGUAAAAACACCUGUUAAAAGUGCUUCUAAAAAAUCUACCGAAAAUGGUGUAACUAAACCAAAAAUUGUAAAACUCGAAACUCCUAAAAACAUAGUGUCAACAUCCAAACCAAAAUCUGACUCUUUGGAACGUAAACGUUGUCAAAAUGUUGGAUUAAGACUGAGGAAAAUUUUUCAAUUACCAAAAGCAAAGAAUUGGAUAUAUUACGAGUGGUUUUAUAGCAAUAUAGAUAAACCUCUUUUAUAUGAAUCUGAUUUUAUGAUGUGUGUACAAGACUUCUUUCCCUCUUUUAAAAUUAAAACUAUGACUAGGACUGAAUGGUGUAUGUUACGGAGAAUGAUGGGUAAACCUCGUAGAUGUUCUCAGAAUUUCUUUGACGAAGAAAUUCGAGAAUUGGAUAGAAGAAGAAGAAAAAUAAGAUUAUUACAACAAAGGAAAGCUAGAGAUGAAUUGUUAUUUAAAGAUAUACCAGAUGAAAUACCUUUACAACUUAGCGUUGGUACAAAAGUAACAGCAAUGUUAAGAAGUAACACUGAAGAUGGUCUGUUUAAUGGAACUAUUGAAGCUUUAGAUGUUUCAAACAAUACUUAUAGAAUACAUUUUGAUAAGCCUGGCUUAGGUACACACUCUGUCCUUGAUUAUGAAGUAUGCUCCAAUCAACCUCCAGAAACUAUUUCAAAAAAUGUAUUAUUACAAAUGUGUCGUCCACGUGUACCCUACCAUAACCGUUCAAUAUCACCUGAAACUAAAGUAGACGUACAUAAAACUGAUCAGAAUACAACUGCACAAUAUUCAAUGAAACUUUUAGAAUCUACUGUAAAAUUUAGAAAAAUUUUAACCGCAAAAAAGCAAUAUGUACAAACAUUACGUAACAUGAAUUCUGAAGCCGAAAAAAUGGUUCUGUACAAUGAAGAUAUAACACCAGAAUUUCAGAGUCGAUAUGCUAAAAUUGUUUUGGACUUGGAUAAUUUAAAUCUUCAUUUAACAUCAGUAAUGUGUGUUCUUAGCGAAGAAAUUAAAAUAUUAGCACCUGAAGAAGCUGAAACGUGGCCAUUGAUAACAGAUUAUUUGCAAAAUCAGUCAUUUGAUGAAGCUGAACAAAUGAUUGAGCAUAACAAAGAAGUAACUGAUUCCCGUUUUAUGAUUGAUGACCAGCCGAUGUUAGCUUUAAUUAAAGAUUUAUUAGCUUUAAUGCUUCAGGUGAAGACAUUAACUGAAAAUGAACCUACUGCAUAUGAAUUGGAUGCUUUAAAAAGAACCAUGGUUGAAAUAAAACUUAAACUUAGUCAAUCUAAUCAAAAAUCUUUUGAAAAUUGUGUAGAAAUUCAUAUGCAGCAAAUUCAAUCUAGUUUAGAUACUUUUCAUACUUUAUCCUCUUCUAAUAGAAAAUAACAUCAAGUGAUUGAAACAUUUAUUAAAUUAUAUUUAACAGAUAUAUUUUUAAAGAUGUAAAAAUAUUGUUAUGUAUACAAAGGAGAUUGAUUAUUAAUAGAAGUAACAAAAAUUUAAAAAGAUUAUUGAUUAAUGCCAUCAUAACUGAUGUUUUAAGUACCUACCUAUAUUUUAAUGAAUUUAUCCUUACUUAAACAAUAAUUUAAAAUUACUUGUAAAUAAAUAAAAUAAUGAAUAUAUAAUAUCAAUGGGU